AUGAAGCCAGAGCAGCAGCUGAGCGAUCUCACUCGAACCUUCCCGGGCCCCGACGCCGACACUAUUGCUUUCGAGCGCAUCAUUAGACGUCGCCAGGUGGAUGUCCCCACAAACUGGCGCCUUUGCUUGACCGGCUACGAGAUGAACCACCCGGGGCUCACGGAGAGCAAGGUCCAGCAGACUCUGCAGUACUAUGGCCUCGACACCCUUGGUGCCCAGUACCUUGCCCAGGAUGUCCUCCAUUGUCGCAAGAACUACGACUACUACAAGAUGCUUGCUGAGAAGGAGGGAACGGUCUGGCCCCCGAAGGAUGUCACGCAGGAUGGGAAGGCGGGACUGGUAGCAGACCCCUCCACCAUCAUCUUGACGAUUUUCGUUAUCAUGCUGGUUUCGGUCAUCCUCUACUGCCUCUUCAUCAAGGUUGACGCCUGGCUUCACCCCCAGCUCUGA